AUCCUUCUAUUCUCGUUUUUGCAAAAAAAUAAUUUUACACGCCCACGCACACAUCUAGUAAUAGAUAUUUCCGCGCUUCUAUCUUGGCUUAUUUACCCAAGAGCCUGAAAUUUGCAAAAACGAUAAAAAAAAAAAAAUCAACUAAAAUAAAUAAAUAAAACCCCGCUUGUACACGGGAUCUGGACAACGUUUCACCGUAAAUUUAAUUCGCAGAUCUCCGCAGGCACACGCCGGAUCUGAUAUGUUUUACGUAUAAAACGUAAUGUAAACUAGUUCACGUAUACAUUUAUAGAUAUAUAUAUAUAUAUAUAUAUAUGAGUGUGCGUUUGUAUAUACACGUAAACCCUUACAAAAAUUAUAUACAUAAUUACCAUACGUGUAGAAACGUUUGAAUGCAUACAGCCCGGCGACGAUCAAUUUUUAUUACCUUUGUUUAAUUAUACACAACUGUACCGCAGGUAAAUAAACAAUCACACAAAUACGCGGUGUUUUUGUGCGCGUGUGCGUGUGGUGCGUGUAUUCGUUGUGACGUUGUGGAUCGGUACGAUGUAUGUUACAGGUGUCGUCUAACUCGCGUACACGUGUGUUGAUUUUAUUGUCGUUUUUCAAUCUCAAUUUUUGUCUGAUUUUUUUUUUUAUGUUUGUCCAAUUAUUUUUCAUUCCACUCGAAAUAAAAAGUAGAAGAUAAUAAAAAUUGUAGAAAAAAAAAGAAAAUCGGUUCUUUCAACUCACGCGUUUAUUGUAUACGUAUAUAACCACUUCCUAUAUAUAAUACACGGAGGACGAAACACGCGGCUUACGAUCUGACGUAAGAAUGUCUUCAGGAUGAAAAUAUCCCCGGAUUAUGGAGGAAACAACAGCGAUGAUGACGAUGAUAAGCGAUCGCUCGAAGAUUCGCACGAUGCUAUUCGCGCAUAUUGGAUUGGUCAUCCUUUCUUCGAUCGUUUGGCAAACGGUCAAUUGCGACGAGUACAGAAAUUAUCCAAUUCAGGUGCAUCAGAUGUUUCAAGAAAAAAUGCUUCGCAGUUCGGAAAACAUGGAACGAGUCAGAGGGAAUUGGGGAAGCUGGGCUGCGUGGUCGGAUUGUUCUCGAUCCUGUGGGACCGGGAUACAGUCCCAGGCUAGAGAUUGCGUUCCGAUGCGGGGUUAUUUGCGGAAACGCAGCAUCGCCAGUAUCGAGGGUCAGAGAUCGGAAAUCAAGCCGUUUUGCAUCGGGACUUACAAACGAUAUCACGUCUGCAAUACUCAGGAGUGUCCAGAUUUUGGGGAUAUCAGAGCUGAACAAUGCGCCAAGUACAACGGAAAAUUUUACAAGGGGCAGAGUUAUCAGUGGGAACCAUUUCCUGAUGCUCCGAACGACUGCGCGUUGAACUGCCGGGCUGUAGGAGAGCGAUUUUACGCCACCCUGGAACCGGCCGUCCUGGACGGGACGCCGUGUAGAGGAAACCCACGACGACGCUCCCGGGUUCCCAGAGUCCUUGCCGUAGGCGCCGCCGAUCGUUGGCUCUGUGUCGGGGGCCAGUGCAAGUCGGUUGGAUGUGACGGUGUCGUUGGUUCGGGUCGAGUCUAUGACGCCUGCGGUGUUUGCGGAGGUGAAGGAAACAGCUGUCGACUUUUCGAAGGUAUUUUUUUAGAGCCAAAAUUAUCGGCCGGUCAUCAGCUCGUGACGACCAUUCCAAAGGGAGCAAUUUCGAUAAACGUCACGGAGAUUCGGCCGUCUAAAAACGCUCUAGCAUUGAGAGGCGCGAAUGGCAGCUUCAUACUCAACGCUCCGUCUCCGUCGUCUUUGCUGAGUUCGUCUGGAGCUUACGAAGGUGCCGGGACUGUUUUUUCAUAUCGUCGUGGAAACCUGAUGCAUGCCGAAAAUAUUUGGACCGAAGGUCCACUCGAAGAGCCCGUAGACCUAAUGAUUUUAUCCGAAGAAUUGAAUCCAGGGAUAUUGUAUAAAUACAUGCUGCCGGUUGAGGAGAAAUUUGAAGACAUCGCGAUGCUCGCACCGCCUGUACUCGUUACUGGUCCCAAUGAGAAAAUCGGCAACGAAAUUCCGGAACAUUCUGCCCACGUUGUGACGCCGCCAGUGGAUCCCAAUAUGACCAAGUCCGAAGGUGGUAAGGAUGCUGCUUCGGGUCGUAUAGACGACGAGGCCGUUGAUAAAAGGAACUCGAAUCAAUCUAACGCGAUAGGAAAAAUGGCCGGCGAUCAACCGAUGCAGAAAAAAUUGAUUGGCAAGGAUGAACGAAAUAGGAAGAAGAACAGGAAGAAGAAAAAGUUCUUCUGGAAAAUAGCCUCAUUGUCUCCUUGCUCCAAGGCCUGUGGCGGCGGCGUGCAAUACGCGACGUUCAAAUGCUUCCGAGAAAGCACGCAGGCAACGGCGCCCGAAAGAAGAUGCAAAAACGUUGCUCGACCACCUUCUCCACCGCCUUUAAGGUGCAACACGCUGCCGUGUCCCGCAAGAUGGCGAGCCGGUCCGUGGAGUCAGUGUUCGGUGACUUGCGGCACCGGAAUUCAGACCCGAAAGCUCGAAUGCGUUCAGGAGUUGAACCCCAAGUUGACAAUGCGCGUUGCUUCCGGUGCUUGCAUCGAGAAACCCGAUUUAAAAACGACCACUCAGUGCAGGCUAACUUCCUGCAUAUUUCCUCGGGCUCCUCCUGAGGCGAGACAAAUGCAUCCGCAGGUCGAAGCCAUCCCGAAGGAAUCCCAUUGGACGACCGGAAAUUGGGGAGAAUGUUCGAGCACCUGUGGUCCGGCGAUUCGUAAACGAGAGGUGAUAUGCAUAACAGCAGGAUCGACAACCUGCCCCGAUGAAACAAGACCCGCGAACAAAACAACUUGCGAUUCUUUACCCGAGUGCAACAGGAUCCCUGCUCAAAAUGCGCCCUGGCUGUACACAGACUGGUCGUCUCAGUGUUCCGCUGAGUGCGGAAUCGGUUUGCGAACUCGUCAAAUCGUCUGUAGUGACGUUAACGAGGUGUUUUGCGACGCCUCGAAAAAACCAAACCUUGUCCAAUCUUGUACCGGAAAUGGUACACACUGUGACCGGAUGCGGUAUCAGUGGUUCGUUGGAGCUUGGAGUCCGUGCACCGUUAGCUGCGGUCCCGGUUCUCAGCAUCGCGACGUGGCUUGCCUAGCGUCAAAGGGUGGCGAUUUGAAAAUCGUCGGGGAAACCAAUUGUCGCGAAUUGACGCGGCCUGAAACAGAUCAGAGAUGCCUAAGGCCGCCGUGUCCCGUAGAAUGGUUCACAUCCGACUGGUCCGAGUGCACCCAGAGCUGUGGGGCCGGCACGCAGAGCCGAGUUGUUCGUUGUCUUUUCGAAGGAGUUCCGACCACCGGUUGUGCAAAAUCUAGCGAACCAAAAUCUCGAAGAACGUGCGAAAAGCAGCCAUGCAAAUCGAAGGCCAAUUUCGACAUUCCGCCGAAACCACCGAAAAAGGUUCACGAAAAGUCCGACUGCGUUGACAAAUAUCCAAAUUGUAGUCUGGUCUUGAAGGCUCGAUUGUGUCGAAUAAAGUACUACAAGCAUUCCUGCUGCGGCUGCCGCGACCAUCUAUGAGUGAAGUCGAAUAAAUGUCAAACUUUUUUCAAACUCAUUUUCGCCACAAUCCGUUGAAUUCUGAAAACGAAGCCUGCGUAUGUCGGUAUAGUCGUAAUUCGUAUUCUUUUACCUUUUGUCGCUUUAAUUAAAUUACAGUGCGAAAGAAGAAGAAAUAGCCAGUGGAUAAAUAAGGUGUGAAACGCCUGUUACGAUCAUAACAAAAUACGGAAUCUCAUUUGUUGCAAAGAAACAAAAAAAUAGAUUUUAUUAGAAUUUAACUCUCGUAAUAUUGCAAAAUUUAUUUUUCUUUCAAUUCCCUUAGAUUGCAUCUUGUCGCGCAUGAACAGUAUUUGCCAAUAUCGUUAUUUGGCUGUAUAAGUGACAAAACGAUAUUAUAUUAACGAUUAAAGAUCUUUCGACGGGCUUGUAUGUAUAAUAUUAUACCUAUAUAAGUACAGUUAAUUGUAAUAGUACGAAUUUCUAUUUAAUAUAAUAUUUAAAAUUUAUUACUAUCUAUUAUGUAUAAAUUAUCAUUGCAUCACACUGUCAUCAGACUUUAUCAAUAUCGUAUUCGAGUAUAAAUUAUUAUACACGAUGUAGAUUAGUUUCUAACUAAAAGCAUAAAGAUUUUUAGAAACAACUGAGAUGUGAGAAGAUUGACUGUCGCUUUCUAGAAUUUUUCUUCUUUUCUAAAGUGACGCACGCGAGGUAAUUACGGAUUUCAAAUCGCGUGAAACGUAAACGGCGGUUUUUGUUAUUUCUCUUUUUUACUUUUGUCAGUCACUCUUCUCCCUGCGAGAUCUAUCAAUCAGUUUCUUCGUUUAUACUUACCUUUUAUAGGUAUUCGAAGGGGAUUAUGACGCGCGCUAUUCACAAACGUAUAUAGAUGCAUACAUGCAUGUACUUCUUUUUAAUCGUAGCUUAUAAAUCACAGUCAUAUUAUUCCGCGUUUGAAAUUAUAAUUCAGCUAAGCGUAUGUAACGCUACUACUACUGCCUGACUGUCUUGUGAUGGUCGUUUAUUCAUGUGGCUGACAGAGUAUGAUGAUGGAAUAUGUAUAUGUAUGCGGCUUGCCGAGAGAUUCGUCGCGGCAAUUAAAAAAAAAAAAUAUACUCGCAUAUAUGUAUAUUUUUUCACAUCGCUGUAUUUCAACACCCAGGUAAAAAUAACUCUUUUGCACGCAGAGAUGCGCGAUAGUGUGACGAAUGGCAGAUCUAUUCAACCUGAUAACUCUUUGGAAUUUAUAAUUUAAACGCUGUUUUCUCCCCCUUUUUCCCACCUCCUCUUCUUCUUUUCCAACAAACUUUCAUUCGUUAUGCCUAGUUAAAAUGAAACGUGAGAGUAGAAUUACAUGAAGAUUUUGACGACAAUAAAGUUAUGAUUAAUUAUUCUUUGCACCUAAGAGAAUUGAAUAAUUAUGAAAAAAAUUAGGAACAUUGACUUAUCGCGAUGAAUAAUUACUCUUAUAACUUGGCAAAGUAGGAAAACAAAAGAGUUUCUCACUACUAAUCAAGGUAUUGAAAUUUAUGCGUCGAGGUUCUUGUUUCACCUCCUGAUUUCUUUUCAAUGUCAAGUAUCAGGCUAUUUUGCUUCAAUCACUUCGACUGAUAAUCGUACAUAACUUCUCAGAGUGGAUGAAAGUCAUGAAACUAUGUAUAGGCAAUAAGAUAUAUAAUUGUGAUGUAACGCGAUGAACGAAGCGUGUCGAUAGUCGGUAAUUAAUUACUACUAAUAAAUAUUAAAUUAACGAGUUGUAGUAUAAUUGAUUAACAAUAAGUGUGAAAAAUCUGUAAAAGUGAAACAAAAGAAAUUGAAUAUUCAAUAGCAUCUACACGAUUUAUAUCAAUACAAUAUGUAAUGCUUUGAAUUGUAAUAAUUGCGACAAGUGCAGUUAAAUAUCAUUAUUUAUAUGCUUUUUAAGUGUUAACGUGAUUAUUCGACAAAAAACAAUAUUGCGAGAUUAAAAGCUUUGUUGACAUUUAGAUAACAGCAAUCAAACAAUGCAUGCAUGUAUUAGCAUCAGUUCAGUCUACGUUAUUAAAACGCGAAAACCGAAACUACAUCGCAUUUUUAUACUUUCAUUGGAAAUAUAUAAAUUUUUCUUCAACCGUAGACCGAAUAUAAUAGUAAGUAACAGGAGCAAUCAAAUUCAAUUUUUAUACAAAUAAUAUAAUUUGAACCGUGCUCGCUGAUGUAUUUCUGUAUCAAAGAAAUUACUAAUAUUAUGCUUAGCUUUACUAGUAUUAUACAAAUCCGUAUUACUGUUACUUAGUUGAUAGAAUUACAUUAAACGAUGCAUUAGUAUUGUAUGAAAAACAUCGUUUAAAAUUAUUCAAGCUUACGUGAACUGCCAUUAAUAUAGUAUUUUACGACUGUUUGUAUAUAUGUAUAAUACAUAGUAUGUAUACAAUACUUUGGAAUUGCAGUCUUAUUAUAACUAGCAAAUAUCAAUAUCAAAUUAAUGCGCCAGAGAGCAUGGUAGUUUAAAAAUAUAUCUUCAACUUGUCUUUUUUUGAUUCGAAUAGCACAAAAAAUUUACUUCGAUGCUUAUUGACUUUUCACACGCUCCGAUGAAAUGAGGAAAUGGAUAAGUUGCACGUUCAUGGCGAAAACAAGCGAACAAGGUGGAAAAUAUAAACAUGCUAUAUAUAUUUGAUAUACAAAAUAGUGUAAAGUCAAUUAGUCUUAUCGUAAAUACAUAAUAAGUAAUUAUAGAUGGCAGUUAAGUGACGUGAAAAAAAAAUUAAUUAAUAAAAAUGCAUGACGAUAAGUAUAUGUUAUAUAACAGGUUAUCAUAAAAUUUCGUAUAAUAUGUAUAAAUAUAUAUAUUUUAUAGAAGAAAUAAUUUUUCCAAGAGAAACAAAUAAGAUCCAAACGAACGAUAUAAAAAAAAAAGAAAUUUUAUGUAAUUAAUUCUUGCUUCUUGUUUUUCGAUUAUCUGUUAUGAUCAUCGGCAUUUACUCAUCAUGAACGGAAAAACAUUUUUCAUAUUUAUUUAUUUCGUAGGUAGUGCUGGAAAGAAAAAUGCAAUUUUUGUUCUUUAAUACAAAUUUAAUUCGACCUUUCCUCAAUAGUGAUUCAAUUUUCAGGAGAUACCAAUACUUAGGACAGUCUUAGUUUUCCUCGUACGGCGGAAUAUGGCCGUAAAUGUUGCUCAGCGAAAUUGAUGAGUUAUUACAAGAAAACGAUAAAGCAAUGCCUGUUGCUUUUAAUUACUCGUCGUGCUUUAACGAAUCACCUUUACCGACCCACCUUUCCUUUAGUGGGACAUUCAGUCCCAAGUCUCUGAGAGCAGCUUUGAUGUCUUCUGCAAGAAUAUGAUCGUGGUUCCGCAUGACGGUUUGUAACAGAUCUUCGAUACCAUGCUCCAAAAAUUCACGUGACUCGGUUUUAUUUCUAACAGACAUAUUUCUCACAGCCCAAGCAGCUUUUCUUAUCACGUUGGUAUUGUUUGGAUGCGCCUUUAUUGUGUCUACGAUCAUUAAUGGUGCA